AUGCUUGUGAAGCCUGCCGACAAUGCUUUCCAUCUUCUUCAUGAACCCCUUCGCGCCUCUGUCCGCGUCCGCGGUGAUUUUUGCCGGCAGUUCGUUGAGCUCCGCCUGGCAUUUCGCGGCGAAGGCUUCCAGCUGGGCUUUCAUGAACGUGACGUAUUUCGCGCGGAGGUCCUGGGUGAUGGCGGUUUCGGCUUUUUGGACUUGGGAGAUGACGUGUUGCUUGAGGGCUUCAAUGAUAUUCUUAAGCAACUCAUCGGCUUCUUUGAAAAAUGA